AGUGACGCGUCACGUAUCCGCCUUGGGGGAGUGGCUAGCAGGCAUGGGGAAGCUCAGUGUUACUGUACCAUAAGCUGCUAGUAAGUCGUGUUUUUCCCCUCAGACAUCACUAUGACCAUUGUUGUUGGGUUUGAGGGGAGUGCCAACAAGAUUGGUGUAGGAAUUAUCCAAGAUGGGAAAGUGCUGAGCAAUCCACGAAGAACUUACAUCACUCCUCCAGGACAGGGCUUCAUGCCCAGUGACACUGCACGUCACCAUCGUUCCUGUAUCCUGGAUGUGCUGCAAGAAGCUCUUGAGGAAGCAAAGAUAAAGCCACAAGAUGUAGAUUGUGUGGCCUAUACUAAAGGCCCUGGAAUGGGAGCCCCUCUGCUAUCAGUAGCCAUAGUGGCACGGACAGUUGCACAGCUGUGGAAGAAGCCCCUACUGGGUGUUAAUCACUGUAUUGGGCAUAUUGAAAUGGGACGGCUGAUAACUGGUGCAGAAAAUCCUUCUGUGCUGUAUGUGAGCGGGGGCAACACACAGGUUAUUGCAUAUUCAGAGCGAAGCUAUCGAAUAUUUGGGGAAACUAUAGAUAUUGCUGUAGGAAACUGUUUGGACCGCUUUGCCAGAGUGUUAAAGAUAUCCAAUGACCCCAGUCCUGGUUAUAAUAUUGAACAGAUGGCAAAGAAAGGGAAGAAGUUUGUGGAAUUGCCAUAUACAGUGAAAGGGAUGGACGUGUCAUUCUCUGGAAUUCUUUCCUACAUUGAGGACAUGUCUCAUAAGAUGCUGUCAUCUGGAGAAUGUACGCCUGAGGAUCUCUGCUUCUCUCUACAGGAGACCCUUUUCUCUAUGCUGGUAGAAAUUACAGAGCGGGCCAUGGCACAUUGUGGGUCACAGGAAGUGCUGAUAGUGGGAGGCGUUGGAUGUAAUGUCCGUUUACAGGAAAUGAUGGGAGUGAUGUGUCAGGAACGUGGAGCUAAGCUUUUUGCAACAGAUGAAAGGUUCUGCAUAGAUAAUGGAGCUAUGAUUGCACAAGCUGGAUGGGAGAUGUUUCGCUCAGGACAAGUAACCAAUCUGCAGGAUUCAUGGAUAACCCAAAGGUACCGCACUGAUGAGGUUGAAGUGACAUGGAGAGAUUAAGGUUUUCCCCUCUAGGAUUCAGAGCACCCUUAACCUGGAGAUCACUGGAUAGAAAACACUUCUGUGUGAUGUACUCUGUUCAGGUGUAAAAUCAAACUUACUCUUCUCAAGGACCAACCUGAUUAGUAGAGUUCUACAGCACAUUCUAAUAGUGUUGCACUGAACAGCAAGAAACACUUAAAGUAUAUCUAAAAACUGCUUUAGCAGAGUUUUUCCACAGGCCAAGUUUAUAUUAAAGUUUUAAAACAAGAACACAA